AUGUGGGAGUUUCUCCUCACGAUCUUUGUGAUCUUCCCGAGUCUCGAUUCCGCUCGUACAAAUAUGAUUUCUUCCGGAGAACCAAACGUAUUCAAUGUCAGGCAAUUCAACGCCCGGGGAGAUGGAAUUCAAAACGAUACUCAGGCCUUCCUAGAUGCUUGGAACGCUGCUUGCUUGGUGGAAGACUCCGUUUUUCUCAUCCCACAGUCAUUCACCUUCUUGAUCUGGCCGGCAUCUUUCAAAGGACCAUGCAAAUCCAACAUGACAAUGCAGGCAUUGUGGGUGUUUGGAUCGACGGGGCUAAACAUGAGCGGCAUUCGCAUCCAAAACAGCCAGCAGAUGAACGUCGCGUUCGUGUCAUGCCACGACGUGAUCGUCGCGAAAAUAAGGAUAGAGAAUCCACAAAAUAGCCCAAACACCGACGGCAUUCACAUCGAAUCGUCCACGAAUGUGACAGUAGAACACGCGGCCAUUGGCACAGGCGACGAUUGUGUGUCGAUUGGAUCGGGGUCGUCCAAUGUCGUGAUCAGGGAUUGCGAGUGUGGCCCUGGCCAUGGCAUCAGCAUUGGGAGCCUUGGCAAGGGAGAAAGCGCAGCUUAUGUUUCCAGCGUUCUUGUGCAUCGCGUGCAAAUAACUGGAACCAUGAAUGGGCUGAGGAUCAAGACAUGGCAGGGAGGCCGCGGCAGCGCCAGCAACAUCCGAUUCGAGAAUGUAUCGAUGAGCGGCGUUGCGAAUCCCAUCAUCAUCGAUCAGAAUUACUGCGACGCGCUGCGCCCCUGCUCGCCACAGGGAUCGGCCGUCCAGGUGAAGAGCGUCGAGUAUCUUCACAUCCGGGGAACCUCCGCGACCGCCAUCGCCACGAGCUUCGAUUGCAGUGCCUCGCUUCCCUGCCUUGAUCUCCUCCUCCACGACAUCAAUCUCACGCAGAGCUCGGGAGCUCAAGCCUCGGCAAGCUGCUCCAAUGCGUUCGGUGUUUCAUCCGGCAGCGUCGUCCCAGCGAGCUGCCUCGCGUGACCGGAAUUUAGGUUAUCUUCGUGCGGGGCCUGAAGGAAUAUGCUUCUAGCGUCGCGAUCCUUGGGGUAGGGCAUAUUCUGUCUGGCUGAUCCCUGAAGAGGGGAUCUCGGGAAGGCUCCGUCUCUCUCUCUC